CAGCAACGCGGCUGUGGCAGGUUCCGUCCUACAGGGCUCCCCUACUUGGCCCUGUGCUUGUGCGCCUUUCCCUGCUUUGCAGCUGAUAUCUCCCGCUGUACGGUGUACGAGUAAGCCAGAUCUCUCUCAUGCCAGCUAUUUUGUCUGCUCUGUGCGCGGCGCCGUGCAGUGCAAGGCCCUGUGCCCUUUGUCUAGACUGCAGCCCCCUCGACUGAAAACCACGGCGACCUUUUGUGGCAUAGACGGGGGCAGCGCACCAGCCUCCGGGCCGCUUUUUGCUGCAGAUCACUAGUUGGGGUCCCCCACCAGAUUGUGAAGCAUACGAUACGGUACGAUACUCCUCGUCCUGGCAUGUACAAGCAUGGAUCGUUGCCGAUAUUACUGCCUGCCUGCACCUGCUUUAUAUCUCUUCGCAGGUACAAGUACGUGACGUUUGUUGAUGUGGACAAGACUCCCUUCGCAAUGGCGGUAUUAGUAUGUCGUCGCAAACACUGGGCUUGCGAUCUCGGCUACGAGGCAGCUCGUUUAUGUGAGAUGGACCCCGAGCAAGGGUCCCGGAGGCGUAUGGGUGCUCCUAGUAGCACUGCUGGCACGACAAGCAAGCACUUCCUCCCGUGCCCAGCACAGAGUACCGGUACAUUGAAAGCCAUUUAAUCUCUCAGCGAGGGGAGCGUGUCCGAAGUUAUGUGCAUGGCCAUUGACGUCCGGGAAGGCCUGCAGGCUUUUUCGUGAGACUCUCGCCGCCGUUGCAAGCAUCUGGAGCAUCCUGUCUUUCAUCGUACGAAGCCCGAGAUGCGUCGUCGAACUGGAUAUCCUCGGCGUCGGCUCAGCGUUGCUCCUCGUGCUCCCACGGAGUCCCGGGGGGCACCUCCAGCCAAUCCCGUCGUGCAGGCCACCAAGGCAAAGGCGUUGCUGCUAAUCGAUGCAUGGGCGAGACAGAUGAGCCUCCAUGCACAUGUACGUCAGUAGGGACCUACAUGAGUGUACAUAUCACCGCAACGCUUCCUGCUUUUAUGCACGAGCAUAACACGCCACCUACUCAAAGACAAGACAGAUACUUUGUGUCUUCACGCCUUCACUUUCUUUCUGUACGUCCGUUGGUCUGCUCGCUCAGCAGCUU